GCAUCUCUGGUGUUCCGCAGUUUGUUUUGUUACAGUGGUGGAAAUGCACCAUUAAUGAAGUUAUUAUUAUUUAUUAUUGAGGUUUUGUUGUUGUGUUUUUGACAUGUCAUUUGAAUUGAACGGGCUUAAUCCAAACCUGAAUAACUUAAAAGUAAUUCAUAAUUUUUUUUAAAAAAAAACCCUCUGUGGCUCAAACCGAAAUAAUAAAUUCGUACACAUUUUAAUACUUGGGGUGUGGACAUUUAUAAAUUUUUUUUAAAAAUGGUGUUGAGGCGGUGCAUGGAAUUCAUGCUGCAUUCACAACAUCUGGGAAUUUUCUAAGUCAGAACUUCCUACAUUCUAGCCUUCAGAGCCUUCAAACCCAACCAUCAGAUGAAUACUCAAUUCUGUAAUCUGUCUAGAAAAACUGGAAUUUAAAAAGUUGUUUAUUUAGUGCAUUAUUUAUUGUUUAUUUGGAUACCAUAAUUCACUGUUAAUAGUGCCGAGAAUAACAUGAAAAAGCAGUUUGACUAAGAAAAAAACAAAUCUUACAGAAAGUGAAUGAACGUUUUAAAGUAUUAAAGUAUCACCCCAUGUUGAAAGGACGUCACAGAAUCGCAGCUCGGACCUCUCGAAAACCUCAGAUUUUCCGAGUAAGAAUUACCACACAGCAAAAUCCCCAGUGUUGAUUUAACACCCAGAGUGUUGAAUUUACACCCUACAGUGUUUAUAUAAAUCCACUGGACACAAAUUAACUCCGGGUGUUAAUUCAACACUAGGGAUUUUACUGUGCAGUUGGAAAGUCAUUCAAAUGAAACUUCCCUGCUUGGUCUUGAACGCAGCAUUAUUUUGCUGUUAAAGGCCUCCAUGGUUGCAAAACGUUUGAGAACCUCUUGUCUAAAGAGCUCAAAACAACAUUUUGAACUAACAGAGUUUUGGAUCAGUUAUAGCUUUUACAACCAGAAACAACUCUACACAGGGGAUUAGUUAAUUAAAUUAAUUAUUUCCCUGUAGCAAGGUUGUAGCAUUUUUCCUUUUUUGUAAAAAAAAAAAAAAAUUCAAACAGCUUGCAAGUAGCUUAAAUGUUUUCCUUUUCUUUUAUUAAGUAGUACAGUAGAGUUAAUAAGUUACUUGUAGUUAUACCACUGAGCUGUUGACGUCUCGAUUCUCAUUUUCAUUAACAGCAGCUACGACAGUAGUUCCGUCUCGAAGGAGCGCACAGGUUUAUAUUAAAACCCUCAAUCUAGCAUGUUCUCAUUUGUAUAGUAACAACUUCUAUGAUGGUCACUACACGUUAACAGAUUUUAAAAAUCUGUAUGUGUUAUGGUAAAGUUUGAAGAGUGUGAGGAGACUUUUAUGUAGCAUUGAGUAACAAUGAUAAGCUGGACAUUUAAGUUUUCUGUCAUGGGAAAGUCUUCGAGAUGGCGAUCUUUGCAGCGUAUGGCUUCUCAGUAACAUGACCAGCUACAUUUUUGUCUUAUUAAUUUAGAGAGAGAGAAAAAUAGAGGCUGGUGAGGGAACGACUGUUUCUACAGCUAUAACGUAAGAGAGGACCGAUACUAACUUGUUUCACAGAUGUUCCACUACAUUAAAUGUAACUGUAAAGUAAAUAAAACGGCUAAAAAGUAUGUCGUUCUUUAAUAAAUAAAAAUAUAGUUAGCUUUGGCGACUUGCUGUGGUAUAAGAGGAGUAAAACACUUCCUGUGAGACAUGCUGUUAUUGGAAAAUAAGCAACUUUGGCGUAGUAUUUCUUACUUAGCAAAAGUGUAAAUGCAUUAUUUUGUCAUCAAAUUAAGCUUCACGUUGUCUUUUAGCACCACUUGUAGCUUCAUUAACUUCAAUUUUAGUAGUAUGCACGAUAUAUCAUCUGAAACAUUACCCUGGUUCUAGUAUCAAGGACUCUGUACAUGAAUCUAAAGAUAUCAAAACAGCGUUCAAAAUGGAUGCUUUAUGACAUUAGACAGUACUAUUGCUGAGGUUUCUUUUUUUUUAUUAUUUACCCUGGGUGGAGAGGAGGUCAUAUGAUGUAGAUGUGUUAUAUUGAUCGUUCUGGGAGGAAAUCAACAACAGGUUGAAGUCUCUGGAUUGUAGAAGCUUAACAUCACAGGCCUCGGUGUAUGCUGCUAAAACGAGGAACUGAAAGUAAAGGAUAGAAAUCUGCUGCUGUGGAAGCUGAGAACUUUGUCCUCCAGACAGACUGACUCAUUAAUAUACAAACCAAGAGGAAAAACAGAUGUUGAGAAAAGUCUGCAAAAACCAUAUUUAAAAGAUCCACCAGUUUCGAUUCAAACAGCGCCAUCUUGUGUUUUGGCAUCAGAACUGCAUAAGCUGAAGUGUUCCUGUGGAAAACUGACCAGCUUUAACUGACGAUAGUAAACCUGAAUUUACUCAUAGGCACGCUGAUCUGACCUCAGUUGAACUUCAUCGAUUGUUCCGAACUUGCCGGUGGAUCAUGUUGUAUAUAAACGUGGCGAAUAUAGCUGCUCUGGUAUCGUCUUGUGUAUCUUUUGGCCUCAUAAUAUGUAGUCGCAGAUGGGAUGGAGAAGUCGGUGUAUUGUGCGUGUUUUGCUGGACCUUUAGCUUCAUUGGCUCUCUUUUGAACCUACUGAUACUGAUGUUCUCUUUCCACAUGGGUGUCAGGCCAAUAUUCUGGCGCAACAUUUCCAUUACCAUCUCCAGUUAUGCAGCGUUGUUCUGUCUUAGCGUGUCCAUCAUCUUUCCGAACUACUUUCUAAAAGGCCAAGAGGACAACGCUUUCUACAGCUACUUUAUACUGGUCGAGAUCUUCUCAUGCAUAGCUACGCUGGGGCACCUUGUGGAAGUUUGGAUGGUGUGGAUUGACCCGAAAUGCUAUAUGGCAACGGGAUCAGGUCUGCUACAGGUGUCUCAGACGUACAUAGCAAGCGCCAUCAUUUUCUUCCUCGCCAAUAUUGUGCCAUUCAAAGUCCAUCCAGCUAUGAUAUGGAGCUUGGCUGUAUAUUGCAUGUGCUUCUUCUGCACAUUUGUCAGCAUCAUAUGCUGUACAUUUCAGAACCAGCACAAUCAAAUAUGGCAGAAAGGAUUCAACUUGAUUGCUGCUGUCAUGUACCUUAGUGUCGCCUGGCCUGUAUUCCAUCUCAUUCAAGAUCUGGGUCAAAUCGUCUUCCCUGGGUCAUGCCAAAAUGAUCUUGGACUCUGGCCUCAGACUAGACUGAUGGUUGUGCUUGGGCUAACUGCCUUUAACUUCCUGCUUUACUUGCUCAGCGUAUGCGAUGCCUGCAUAUUACGUUCAAAUGUUAAUGAAGAAGAAGAGAACACUACAAGCUCAAGCACCUCUGAACCUUGUCCCAUAGAAACGCCAGAUGAAAUAAGGGACAGUGUUUUGCCAGUGGAACUGAGCAGAUAUCUACAACAACAAAACAUAAUAGGCAACCAUCAGAGCCUGCACAGGACAGAUCUAAGGAGCCAGCAAAAUUCUUUCAACGUUUACAUUAAAAAUCUUAAUAUUUAUGUUAAUAAAUAAAAUCCAAUUAGUAGAAAUGGAAGAAUGGUUUAAUAGUAUGUCUACGGCUUUAAAUACAAAUGAGAAUUGUUCCUUGAUAACAUGACUAAUCCUCGGCUUUUAUAUUGCAGCAGAUACAUGGUUUCUAGCCACUAUGUAUACACAUUUGAUAAUUGACCAUUAAUAAUUGAUAAAUGACAUAAUUAAAAACAAAUUAUGAUGUCACUGUACUAUUUGAACCA